AUGGCCUUGAUCCACGGUGUCGACUAUUCAGUCGUCAAUCCAGACAACAAAUGGAAGAUCCUGAAGUCACAGAUGCGCUUCGCCUUCUGGUCUCUUUGGAUCUCCAGCGGCGUCAUCAUGCAAGGCUUUGACAUCGUCGCUGGUGGACAACUGGCUGCCCUUCCUGCAUUUCGAGAGAAGUUCGGAAUCCUUCAAUCGGAUGGUAACCACUUGAUCCCUGCCCGUUAUCUGUCUGCCUGGAACUCCAUUGCUCCAGCGUGCGAAAUCGCUGCUACUUUCAUCUUUGUCCCAAUGCUGGAGAAGUACGGACGCAAACCCGGGAUCCUUGCUGCGUCUUUCAUUUCCGUCGCUGGUGUUUUGCUUCAACAGCUGGCCAAGAACUGGUUAGUACAUUUGGCUGGACGUGGUGUCAAUGGUAUUGCCAUCGGUAUAAUGUUCACUAUUGCGCCUCUUUGGAUUGGUGAGACAUGUCGUCCUGAGCUUCGCGGCUUCUUCCUCUGCUUCUUCAAUACUAGUAUUGUGUUUGGACAAUUCGCUGUCGUGGUAGUAUCGAAGGGAAGCAGCUACAUAGAUGGGAAAUGGCAGUGGUGGGCUCCUGUGGUUGCUAUGUAUAUCUUCCCAUUGAUCCUCGCUUUAGUCUGGCCCUUCUUCCCCGAAUCGCCCUACUGGCUUGUUCGCCAGUCCCGCAGUGGCGACGCCAAAAAAGCUCUCCAGCGCGUUCACGGCUUCAAAGGAGCCGACUCAGAAUUCUACGACAUCGAAAUCCACCGCAUGGAAGACGAGAUACGAUUUACAAAGGAUCUGCAAGGUGAUAUCGAGGCCAAACACGAUACCUUCUUGGGCAUUAACAUCUCCGCCGAAGCCGAAUGUUUCCGCGGUAUAAAUCGCAAGCGUACUUUAACCGCAAUUUUCGCAGCCAGCGGACAACAGAUGAUCGGUGCCACCUUUGUGAUUGGCUAUGCAACGUACUUCCUAGAACUCAUUAAGAUCAAGGAUUACUUCAAUGCUUCAGUUGCGCUGUAUGUAGUCAUGCUCCUGUCGAGUAUGGCUGCAUUUCCGCUCACGGAGAUCUUUGGAAGGCGCGUAUUAAUCGUCUGGCCGCAAUUUGUGCUCUGUUUCAUGUUACUGAUGAUUGGGAUUAUGGGAUGUGUUCCUAACCAGGCUCGGGCGGGUUGGGGGAUUGUUGCUUUCAUCUAUCUUUGGGCUAUUAUCUACCAGCUGUCGAUUGGUGCUACUGGAUUCGUCCUCGCUUCUGAGAUUGCCACUAUGCGGCUCCGCGGGGCAACACAGGGUCUAAUCACUAUCACUAAUGCUUGUUGGGGCUUGAUCAUGCAAUUUACCGUUCCUUACAUGAUCAACCCGGACGCAGGGAAUCUGGGGGGAAAGGUCGGAUUCAUUUUCUUAGGCACUGGACUGAUAGCAGCCAUCGGAGGAUGGUAUUUGUACCCGGAGACAAAAGGUAUCUCCUUCGAGAAGCUCGACGAGCUUUACAACCUGAAGAUCUCACCUCGCCAUUUCAAGACGGCUGCUAAGGAGGCAGGUACCGGGCAGAUUGUUCAAAAUCCACAGGACCUCUAUGCGCAGAUAGUGACGGAAAAGGGGAAGGAGACGUAUGUGGAACACUCGAAUGCCUAG